GAGCAGGCGGUGGCUCGGCCAUGCUGCGCCUCGCGGCCAAGCUGGUGGCCUUCUUCUGGAGGAAGGCGGAUGGGCCGGAGGAGGAGGUCCGGCCGCCGGGGCUCGAGCCCCGGGAAGGUGACACCAAGGUGAAAACCGUGCGCGGUGUGGUGACGAGGUACUGCAGCGACUACGGCAUGAUCGACGACCUGAUAUACUUCUCCAACGAGGUUGUGGCCGGCAAGGCGCUGCUGAACGUGGGGCAGGAAGUCAUUGCCGCUGUGGAGGAAAACAGAGUGUCCAGUGGCCUGAAAGCAGUCAGGGUGGAAGCUGUCUCCGAUAAGUGGGAAGAGGACAGCAAAGCCCGGGGAGGGGGGCUGUCAGACUCCAGCCCCCGCGUGCUGAUCGGCUGCGUGACCUCGCUGACCAAGGGCGCCGGCUACAUCAACCAGACCACGUACUUCUCUCUGCAGAGUGUUUGCGAAGGGUUCGAGCCGUGCAAGGGGGACUGGGUGGAGGCCACCUACUGGAUCCGGCCGGGCACGUGGAGCAGCGAGGCCCUGCUGGUGAAGCCGCUGCGGUACAAGCGUGUGGACAGGGUGUGCGUUUCCAGCCUCUGGGGGAGGAACGGGGUGAUCGACGACAGCGUCUUCUUCACCCUGGACUCCGUGCGGCUCCCGGAGGGGUAUGUGCCGCGCAGGCACGACCUGGUCAGCGCCGUGGUGGUGGAGAGCAGCCAGUCCUGCUACCUGUGGCGGGCCCUGUGCGUGACCCCGGUGGCCAGGCGGGACAGUGCCACUGCCGCUGAGGCCGAGGCUCCGGAAGAGGUCUGCGAGGCCCAGUUACUGAAAGACAAAGGCAACAUCGAAGUGACGAGAGCCACCGACUUCGGCACCGUGAAGGAGGGCGGCAGCAGGAGCAUGGUGCUCUGCAUAGAGAACAAGGGAGACGCUCCGCAGCACUUGGUCAGCUGCAGGCUGGCCGGCUGGGACAGGGCCCGGCAGUUCCGGUUCCACACGCUGCGCAGGACCCAGCGCCGCCCACCCGCGCCUGCGGGAGCCGGCCCCGGGAAGGCGGGGGGCGGCGUCCACCCAGCAGACGGCGGCCGGGACGCCCAGGCCCAUCGGGCGCCAGAGAGCGGCGUGAGCCACGGUGGCGCCGUCCCCCCAGGGGGCUGUGCCUGCGAAGCCGAGAGCGGGGAGAGAGAGCAGAGCGCCUCGCGGGAGCCGGCGGCCGAGCCUGCGCCCAGCGGGCUCAUCCCUCCCGGAGGGAGGGCCCUGCUCGUGGUCGUCUGCGAGGCCAAGUACGCGGCAGCAGGGCCUGCGGGGGUCAGUGCUGGGGACGCUGACACGCUGACCUGA